GGCGAGAGCAAUCGGAGGCCGAGCGGUGCCGGGGGAGGGGAGCGGGGGAGGCGGGGCCUUCUCGGCCCUUGGCGCUGCUCCCCCGAGGCACCUGCGGAGUUGUACGUUCUCCGGUAGCAGUGCUGCGUGACGACGUGGAAGUCACAGAGAUCCUGUUAUAGACGUUCCAAGAAAAAAAAAAAUACCAACAUGACAUGUUCCACACCAUUUAAGAUGAGAUUAGUUCAUUUGGACCUUAAAGGAGCACCUCCAAAGGUUUCAUAUCUCUCUGAGGUGUUUCCCCUGUUCCAUGCACUCGGUGCGAAUGGUCUCCUCAUUGAGUAUGAAGACAUGUUUCCCUAUGAGGGCCACCUGAGGCUGCUGAGAGCCAAGCAUGCAUACAGCCCCUCGGAAGUUACAGAGAUCCUGCGCCUGGCCAGACUCAGUGGGCUGGAAGUUGUCCCCUUGGUGCAGACGUUUGGACACAUGGAGUUUGUGCUAAAGCAUGCGGCAUUUGCUCAUCUCCGUGAAGUGGCUCCCUUCCCCAACACCCUGAACCCUCAUGAGGCUGAGUCCCUGGCCUUGGUACAAGCUAUGAUCGACCAAAUUCUGGAGCUACACAGGGAUGUCCGGUGGCUCCACAUCGGCUGUGAUGAGGUCUACUACCUGGGUGAGGGGGAGACCUCAAAACAGUGGCUACAGCAGGAACAGAACAGCCAUGCGAAACUGUGCCUGAACCACAUGCAGGCGGUAGCCAGCCAUGUGCUGACCCAGCAUCCUGGCAUAACACCCUUGGUGUGGGAUGACAUGCUACGGGACAUCCCUCAGGAACAGCUAAAAGCGUCUGGGGUGCCUCAACUGGUGGAGCCUGUGCUCUGGGACUAUGGAGCUGACCUGGAUGUCCACAGCAAAAAUUUCCUCAUAGGGAAGUACCAGGAGUGUGGCUUCCAGAGGUUGUGGGCUGCCAGUGCCUUCAAGGGAGCCACAGGGGCCAGUCAGGCUCUGCCCCCUGUUGAGCACCACAUCAGAAACCAUGAGCUGUGGCUGCAGGUGGCAGGCAGUGGGCCAGUGGAUACUCUACAAGGAAUCAUCCUGACUGGCUGGCAGAGGUACGACCACUUCUCUGUGCUGUGUGAGCUGCUCCCUGUGGGAAUCCCAUCCCUGGCUGCCUGUCUACAGUCACUUGUACAUGGAGGCUUUGCUGAGGAUGUUAGGCUGCGAGUGGAACGCUUCCUUGGGGUUUCAAGCCUGGAAAUAACGGAUACCGUAAGUGAGGGAGCUGGCUCCUUUCCUGGCAGUGACAUCCAUGCCCUCGUCACACAAAUUAGUCUCCACCUGCGCAGCUCUGUGGAUUCACUUCUGGAGAGGAACAGGUAUGUCACUGGCUGGUUCAGCCCCUACCAUCGCAGGCGGAAGCUUGUUCAUCCUGUUAUGAUCCAGCACAUACAGCCGGAGGCACUCAGCCUUCUAAGCAGGUGGAACAACCUCGUGCAGCAGCUGGAGGCAGCCCUGCAGCCGGUCUUCUACCCGGACGCCAUUGAAGAGUGGCUGGAGGAGAAUGUGCUCCCCAGUAUGCAGCGACUGCAGGGUCUGCUGCAGGACCUGGGUGAGGCGGCCGCCCAACAGCCACCACCCACCAGCCCGGGCUGGGACACAGGCCAGAACCCCUGAGGGGCCAGGGCCCUGUAUAUGACUUUGGACAACACCAAGAUUUCUCUCAGUGGCCCAGCCAGGCGGGGCCUGUGCUCCUCCUGCGGAGCCCUACGUAGACAGGUUCUCCAGCUGUAUGAACAGUAACCUUGGGUGAAGCAGAAAACAGAAAGGCACAUUUGUAAUUUGCACGUAGAGCUUUAUUACUUCUGAAAUAAAAAGACCAGGAAGUGGAAGUCCCACCAACAGAAACUUGGAUCAACUUUUUACCACCAUAGAGAAUUUCAUGCCUUCACCAAGGAAUGAGUCUCAGCACUGGGCAAUAUUGGAAGGGGAUAUGACAGCACCUAAGAGACAGACUCCUCCUUCUCUUGUCUAAAGUACCUUAAGAGUCUGUGGGCAACAAGCCAAAAACCAACAAGCUAUAUUUCACAUUUCAUCUGGGGAGAAAAAUCUCUAACUUAACCAUUUAGAAAGCUCACUUUAGCAUGUUCAAGGGACCAUGUUCCCAAGUUGGGACUAGUAGCAGUCACCUCAGAAGACCUGUUCAUAGUUCUUGCCUAACUACUGUGCUCAGCCUAGGGGCAGUAGCCUCAGGGCUGCCUUAACUUCUUUGUCUAUGUAACUCUUCUAUUUCCCAGGUCUACCUGAUGAGGUAUGGGUAUACGGCUUGGAGGAGCUCUGUGUAGACCAGAGAUCCACAGCUUCUAGCUGGAAACUUAGUAAACAGUGUACUUUUGAGGGACUUGAGUCGACUCAGAAGGAAACUAGAAGAGCAGAAAAGGACCGUAAGUGGUUGGUACCAACUUUAUUAGAAGAGGCCAUGGCCCAGGCUGGCCUUGAACUUUCUUCCCGCCCCACUUCUGAACACUGGGAUUGACAGGGCUGUGUCUCCACAUGCCUAUUUUCUUCAGGUCUUUUCAAGGCUUGAAAGGCUAAGACUCAGUUUCUGUAAAGGAGCUCCCAGGUCUUAAAGACAGCAGGAUGCCAAAAACCAAAAGAGGUGACCUUUCCUCCAGUAGCAGCUUCUUCCCUGGUUGGGUUGGGAGAGCCUUCCAUUCCUGCUGUGCUACAACAGUGCUGGGAUCUCAGACAAAGUUGUCUGAGAAGGAACAGGGUAGUCAGCAACACUCUGAUUUCUCUGAGAGUUCUGUGGCCAGGCAUUCAGCAUCCAUAGUUGCCUUCAGGGAAGCUCCUGACCACCAAGGGUGUCCAUCUUGAGGGAUGGUCAGGGAGAGUAAACAUCAGUGUUUACAGGAGUGGGUCCUUCCUACCUGCGUGUGGGUGUCUCACUCUCACUAUGAAGUGGAGUCUUGCCUACAAUAUCCUGGGGUGGCAAGGCAUCUUGAAGGCAGGCACUAGGCUUAUGCUGAAGAAAGCUUGGCAUCUUAUACUUCAGACUGCCCUUGGGCGAGCUUAUGCAGACCCGGCUGUGCUGCCCAACCCAGAGCGGCCACGGGGAAGGCACUAACUUCUGAGACCUCGCCCUCCCCUGGAUGUAGCAUCCACCCCCUGCAUCCUGACAGAUGCAGCCUUUCUGGGUUGUGGGAGAGGCCUAGCCCAUGGUUCUGCAAAGUGUAGAAGCGUAAACAAGCAAAAGGCGGGUAGUCUGUAGUAGGACUGCCCAAGGAGCCAUAGGCGGGUGUCCAAGGUCUGCCUGUACCCUUAUAAUUGGCAAGUCAGUCGGAGACGCAUCGGAAGUGGGUGACAUUCACCAGCAGCCAUUCCACACUGUCAGCUCUGGCCACCAGGGCCAUCAGGUUCACUGUCACUGCUUUGUGACCGUUCUGAGGGGCUCUCCAGGCGGUGCAGCUCCAAGAAGCUAGUGAUGAGUUUGGCAAUGGCUUCCACGUCACUAGGCAAUCAUCAAGAAAGCAGGUCACCUUGGCAAAGGGUGCAGUUCCACAACACACCACAAAAGACCCACGCUAUCUCAUCCCCUGCAGUACACCUACAUCACCCCCCCCCCCCCGUGGUCUCAAAUGAGCCCAGUAUCUCUGGCCUCAGUCCUACUCUCACUGAAGCCCCAACCCUGUUCUGAUGCCUCCUCUACAGACAGCUGCAGCAAAGCUGCUCCUAAGCACAUACAUCCUGAUCAGAGCCCCACACCCUGUCUACAACACUGAGAAACACUAAGGGAUAGCCCAGUCUUGCUUUAUGCCAAUCUUACCUGCGUCGGCCCAUGACUGCACUCUGAGUAAGGGGGUGGGAGAAGCCUGUUGCAAACCGGAGCACCACCAUGUAGCCCUUCCCAAAGUAACGGACCUUUUCCUCCUCCACAUUCACAUCCUGGAUGUCUUUCAACAGGACCACCACUGGGGACAGAAGGGUUUGCUGAUGAGCAGUCUCCCUAUGCUCUUAUCCAAUGCUCUCAACCUAUGCCACGCACAGCACAGCCUGCUGAACAGUGGGAGUAGCAUUAGUGACAAAAGCAUUUACUAGUUCACCUUCAGGACUGUGGACCCAGACUAACUUCUGGAUAAGGAUACUCAGGAGACCCAUUACAGCUGCAGUUUCAGGCAGACACUGGCUUUCCUGAGCAGUCCCACAACAGGGAUCACUAAGCUCAAGUUGCUAUCUUCAUGAAACCUGUCUGGUUCCAGUGGGGUAGCCCCGCUAGUUAGUUCUGUGCACAGAGAAACCAUCGCUUAACUAAUACAUGGCUGAUACUGCUUUCCCAAGAGCCCCUGGGAAACCUAUCUCAUCUCACUGUCACAGUGACAAGGGGGAUGACCAUGUGGCUUGGAGCCCGUGGGUACUGGCUCUCAAAUGUGCAAGGGCUUCCAACAAGCAGCCUACGGGGAAGUUCAAACAGUGCACUAACUCACACCCACAAACCAGCUCUGGUCUUCAUCUGCGCCACAUUCAGCUAUACACUGCCAGCGCUCGAUAUGAGUUAAGAGGCCUGGAUGCUUUGGGGUCUAACUUUUCAUGUUAAAAGCACAUAGAGUUUACUUGCAUAUUUUUAAUGAGCAGUAGCUGAGCUGGAUACAUAAUGGGGGAGACCUAUGAGAACCUGCUACUUCAUAACUAGGCUACCUUCCAAGCCCAUAAGCUCAAGGGUUGCGGGGUUCCUUUAACCAUUUUCUCACUGCAGGGCUGGCAGAGCUGACAAUCAGGUACAGGAUAAUCAAGAAAGGCCAAGUGGUUCCUGAAGACUCUUCUCCUGUCACCCUCGCCCAACCUAGGAGAGCUGCCAAGGAGUGUCCAUCCUUCCUGACAGGCUGAGUUCUGAAGUAGGCAAAACACCUGUCUGGAUCUGUCCCGGCAAGCCAGGAUAUGUCCGCGGGACCCUCAUUCCUCGAGCAGUUGAACUUGGAUCCAAGCCAUCCAGGCCUCACCAAACCUUCACCAACCUGUAGGUUCCCACAUCUUACCUUGAUCAUGGCCCGCUCUGAGAAGAGUCAGCAGCUUCUUGUAGAGGCUGAAUGUUUUUAAGAUGACCUUCCCAGUGCUCUUGUUGAAAAUGGCCUCCUGCAAACGAAUGCAUGCUAACCACACACAGAACUCUAGGUAGAGAGCCAAGCUGAUGCUGAGGUACAGCCCCACCACACUGGUACAAAUACAAAGCUUUCCCAGUAGAAACCCAAAGCCUCCAGGACUCUUCCAGAGCCUACUUCUGUGCCUGACAUCUGGUACUCCCCUGUGAGUAAGGGGCACACGAAAGAAAGCAGAUACAGUGGAUGUCCUUUUCUCUUUGAGUGAGAACAGGACCAGGCUGGGGAAUCUAGCCCAGUGGUAGAGCACUUGCCCAGCAGGUAUGAGGCCCCAGGUUCAAUCCUCAGUACUGGGUAAAUAAAAGAAUAAAAGGAAAGGAUGGUAAUGAGGCCAUUAAGCAAAUGCAGAAGCCCCAGUCAGGAAGCUUCAUGAAUUCUGACAAGUUCAAGACUAAGGGAAGGGGGCUUCCCCAAAAGGUACCACCUGACUUAACAGGUUCAGAUUUCUGUCAGCUAUUAUAGGUGUAUAGUGAGGACCAAGCCCUCAACCCCUGAACCUCAAAGCCUAGGAGCUAGUCUGAGUUUUCAGAAUUUCUCACAGGUCCCUGCCCUGUGUAGCCAGCCCAGCCUAGGGACAAUACAGACUUGUUGCAACAACCCCAGAGGCGUGGGGGGGCAGGGGGACACCCCACUACUGUGAGCUGAGUGUGGUGCUUUAUGCCUGUCAGAAGGCUGAGGCAAUAGGCUUGCUUUUGAGAUUGAGGCAAGCCUGCAACAAAAUAAAAUGUACUACCCAGAACCUCGGAGAAAACAGUUGUGAGUAGCUUCUAGAAGAGUCCAGAGAUGUUUACGAGCAAGAUCAAGGGAAGGCCUGAGUCCAAGUAACCAAUACCUCUGAACUGGGGCAGAUGCCUCCGAACGGGAAGGGCACUACUGUACUAUCUUACCUCCCAGUCCUCCAAGUUCUGUACAGCCACAAAGAGGCAGCCUGUGACAUAGAAGAGCUUCCAGCCCAGACUAUCUGCAAGCAGACAUAGCGUAUCAGCUCAUUAGCUACAGGAGCCAAGGUGAUGUGUCCAUAGGUGGUCCUUCCCAGCCCAGUCUUUCUUUUGGCUCAGGUUAGAGGCUUAGGUAAUGUGCUUUUGUCACCAGAAACAUGAAUAUCCCAAACUCUGAUCUAUACAGCCUUGCCAUAGACGUGGGACGCAUGUCUCUGUAGCUUCCUCUCUGUAGCAAGGUGGCAGGAAAAUGCUAAAGAGCUUUCCAAGAGGGCUUUGUAACACAGGAAGAGAUUUAAGGUACAAAGCAUGGGCUGGGAUCAUCUCCCACAUAAGGCAAGGCAGAGGCCACCCCAAAGCCACACACACCAAGACUGCUCACAGGUGACUGCUUUUUGUUCAUUUCCAAGUGCAAGGAAGCUAAAGGGGAAAGCAUACUUUACCUCCACUGUAAUAGGCAGCAGCCAGGCCAGUGGAUAAUAUUCCUGUAAAGAAAGGAGAGAGGACCUUGUUAACUAGCCAAGGGAAGUCCCAUUUCCUCACAGUGUGAUAGCUGCCAGCAAGGAGGCCUGUCUCAUGGUAGGACAGCUUGUUCAGGGGCAGCAGGUAGAGGCUACCUAGUGCAGAGCUGAUGAAAACAACUAAGAAGUUUGUUUCAAAAUGGAGGACAAGGAGACUGGAAAGAGCUUACUGGUUAAGAGCAUAUACUACUUUUCCAAGAGAACCCAGUUCAGUAAUCAGCACCCAUGUCAGGGCAUUCACAACCUCACUUCAGCUCCAGGAGACUUAAUGCUCUUCGGGACUCCACAGGCACCUAUGUGCACCCGCAUAGACCACCCCCAUAUAGAUACACAUAAUUUAAAAAUAAAGUAGGGGGUUGGGGAUUUAGCUCAGUGGUAGAGCGCUUGCCUAGCAAGCGUAAGGCCCUGGGUUCAGUCCCCAGCUCUGAAAAUAAAUAAAAAAUAAAAUAAAUAAAAA